UUUUUGUUUUGGAAGAAAGCUGGUUUUGCGAUCAAAUGUUCAAAAAAUAGAGACUAAUUAUUUUGUGUCAUUUCUUAUUCUGCACAUUUUGCUAAGUGCACUUCAGCCAUAAUGGCCCCUAUCCAAAAGCUAACAGAUCCUCUUAGGAAAAUAGUGAAAGGAAUUUCACUGACAUCAUCUCUAUUGAAGUUCCAAAAGAGAUUUUCAGAAUGUAGAAUGAGUCUGGCCUACACAAGACGCUACAGUACCUCGUUCUCCUAUGUGUCAUCCAAAGUGCCUGAUAAUGCCGGUGAAAUAAAAAGAAUGAACUUAUGCCAGGCCCUAACUAGUGCCAUGGAUGUUGCCCUUACGGAAGAUCCUACAACAUUGGUCUUUGGAGAAGAUGUAGCUUUUGGAGGCGUUUUCAGAUGCACUGUUGGAUUGAAAGAUAAAUAUGGAUCGGACAGAGUCUUCAACACCCCGUUAUGUGAGCAGGGGAUAGCAGGGUUUGCCAUCGGUGCGGCCUGCGCUGGCGCUCGAGUCAUUGCCGAGAUGCAAUUCGCCGAUUACAUAUUUCCAGCUUUUGAUCAGAUAGUGAACGAAGCAGCCAAGUACAGGUACAGGUCAGGAGGUCAGUUCGAUUGUGGGAGGCUGACCAUCAGGUCUCCGUGUGGUGCGGUGGGUCAUGGGGCUGUCUACCAUUCUCAGAGCCCGGAAGCUUUCUUUGCUCACGUACCCGGGCUUAAGAUAGUAAUCCCGCGAGGACCGAUCCAGGCGAAAGGAUUGCUGCUCAGUUGCAUUGAAGAUGACAAUCCUUGCAUAUUUUUUGAGCCCAAGAUCCUGUACAGAUCCGCUAUUGAAGAAGUUCCAAUCGGGAGGUUCCUACUCCCACUUUCACAAGCUGAAGUUCUUAUUGAAGGGAAUGACGUCACGUUGGUCGGUUGGGGUACGCAGGUGCACGUUCUGCAGGAAGUUGCAAAGAUGGCGGAGGAACAUCUGAAGGUGUCUUGUGAGGUCAUCGAUCUCAGAACUAUUCUGCCCUGGGACUCCGAAACUGUUGCCAAGUCAGUAUCAAAGACAGGUCGAUUGAUCAUAUCACACGAGGCACCAGUCACUCUUGGCUUUGCUUCUGAGAUAGCUUCUAAAAUCCAAGAGGAAUGUUUUCUGAAUCUGGAGUGCCCCAUUCAGCGUGUUUGCGGCUACGACACGCCAUUCCCACACGUAUUCGAACCGUUCUAUCUACCUGACAAGUGGAAGUGCUUUGAAGCCGUCAAGAAAGCAGUCAAUUAUUAAGUGGUUGCCGGUCGGCUGGCUGUUUGAUUGAAAUGUGGAUUGAUUGAAUUCGCAAAUAGCGGAUUAGUCGGUUGAUUGAUUUGUCAGAUGAUUGGCUAUUUAAUUGGUUGGUCAGUUGAUUGAUUGGCUAUUUGAUUGGUUGGUCAGUUGGUUGAUUGGCUAUUUGAUUGGUUGGUUGAUUGAUUGAAAUUGUUAGUUGAAUUGACUCCUUGCUAAUGUUAGGCAAUAUUAAAUUAUAAACACCAUAGAAAAGUCAAUCAUUUUCUCAGCAAUUUAACGGUUCUACAAUUUACAUCCACUCAUGUAUUUGCAUACUAAACUGAUAUAAGCGACAGUCGACGAUGGUUCUAGCUGUAGUGCCUUUUUUGAUUAUAAAUAGUUUCUUAAUUAAUUAAAUUAUUGAUUGAUUAAUUAAUUAACUAAUUUGUUAAUUGGUUGAUGAUGGUUUAUUUACAACAUACCAACCGAUUCCGUCAAUGUUAAAUUUGUUCCGGAGCUUUAAUGAAUUUUCAUAUUUUGAAUUUAUUAAUUUAGAAUAUUUUAAAAUGUUAAUCAGUUUUUGCUAUAUACGCACAUACAUAUAUACAUACAUACACACACACACAUACACAAAUAUAUUUUUCUUAUAUAUUUGUUAGCAUAAGAUCUGUGGCACAAAAACCUUCUGAAAAUGACGAGUUUUUUAAAAUAUGUAUUUAUUUACAACGUAAUAGUGAUAAAAACAAUAAGAAACAAAAAUUAUUAUUAUUACAGUUUAGUAUUUCAUAGUAACAUAAUUUCUUAUUAUUAUUCAUUCAUCAUCAUCGGUGGCUAAUUAUAGAAAUAUGUCUUCGAAGUACUCGUCAAACUCUUCCUCUCUGCAAAUAAUUAUUUCAUAAUAUUAAUAAUAAUAAAUAAUUAGUAAUAAUUAUUA